AUGAGAGUUCAACUGUUGAUAGCACUGAUUGGCAGUAUUUCUGUCAUUGCUACUAAUAAUAGCAGCAAUGAAUAUGGCAUAUAUUUAAGGAGCUUUGGUAGACUAGCUGACUUGGUCAAACGGCAAUUAGGACCAGAACCACAGCCAUCCUCCACAAUUAUACCGCCAACAGCCCCACAGCCAGUCUCAACAGUCAGUCCACAGUCAGUCCCAUCAGCCAUUCCACAAUCAGUUCCGGCCAUUCCACAGCCAAGUAGCUCUCCUACGGUACGUCCUGCAAAUAAUCCUACAGUUACCAUUGGAAAUCCUUCACAACCCAGAGUCGCUCCAAUUAGCAGUGCACCUGCUCCGUCUAGUCCUGUCAACUCGCCAUCUCUGCCUCGCAAUGUUGGUGAUACUUUACCUACGCUUCCAGCACUUGUUGAUCCACCCCGAGGUACUGCGACAUCAAGUGCUCCUACCGACGCAUCUGCUGCUGCUCUCAACAGUCCCCAAUCCAACUCCUACUUUCCCUACUAUGUUGUUGGUGCCUUUUUCGGUGUGAUUCUAAUCGGUGCAAUCGGAACUCUGAUCUAUAACAAGUAUAUCUAUCCUGACGAUGAUGACCACUCUCCAGUCUCGUUGCACAAAACUGGAUCCACUAAGCUUCCUGUCAAUGGCUCCAAGUCUGCCUCUUCAAAUAUCAUGUAUUCCAAUAAUACUAAACCCUCCAAUAACCUACAAUUUGCUUCAUACGAUACUAUGGGUAGAUCCGGUGGUCCUGGUGUCGUUGUCCAAAAGCAAGAGUAUUACAUUGAUAACAGUAUUCCAAACUUGGACCAAUCUCGAUUUGCUUCGUAUGAAACAUUGGGUCGACCCAGCGGGCCUGGGACACUCGUGCAAACGGAUGAGUAUGGCAUGAUCCCAUCAGAUUGGCAACAGUCUUCAAAACCAAGUCCGCCUCCCAUGAGCUCUUAUGCUGUAUCACAUCCUAAUCGUGGUUCUCCUAUUAGGACAAAAACUUACCCGCCCCCAUCUCAUAUGUCUAACCUUCCUUUUACUCAGCGGCCAAGCCCACCCCUGCAAUCUAAAAACAGUUAUAAAAGAGGCUAG